AUGAACCAAACGCAAAACAUUCUUCUACUAGCAUUCUGCGCCAUUAUCUUCUCCUUACAAGCAGAAUCUGCUGUUGUCGUUGUCGAUGAAGUCAGCAGCAGCACGACAACGACAGACGAAGAUAGCAAUUUACAUGGCACUGGAUGGGCCACAGCUGCGCACAUACCUAUUGAUGGCGAAGAAGAAGACGGCGAAACAGACGGUGAUUUUACAUUUGCGUCCAUGUAUUCGGAAGAAAAGAGACGAAGCAUUCUUGUGGGCUUUGACUCUGCAGAAAACGAAGCGAGCUUUGUACGCAACAGACGGCAGCAGCGGUCUGGAUCCGCCAUUGUGGAGCACGAGUAUGAAUACACCAAAACAGUAAGAAUGGAAGUAACUGAAGAUGAAUAUCAGGCCAUGCUUGCAGCCCAAAAGGCAGAGGACAAAGACGCGACGGGCAACGGGAUUCUAUACAUAGAAGAAGAUGUAUUGGUUCGCGCAGCUUUCCCAAAGCCCAAUCCACAGGCAAUAAGUCAACAAAAGCCACAACUAGAACAAUCGCAAGAGCAAUCAUAUCUACGAGACAAAACUCAUAGAAAACUACAAGAACGCGUGUCCUAUGGUCUCGAUAUGGUCCAAGGGUUUGAUUACAUUCCUCCUGCGAGUGAAGCUCGGCAAUGCCAAGUAAAGAUUUGCAUUGUGGAUUCGGGACUGCACGUGAAUCACUAUGACAUUCCUUACACCCGAGGGUCACCCUAUGUGGACGGAGAGGAGUUUGGUCUGCCGAGCAAUCAAUACUGGUAUAAUCCAAAUUCUCGAACAGACCAUGGAACCGGCAUUGCUGGUAUCAUUGCAGCUCGAGGUGGCAACGGUGCUGGAACUUUGGGCAUUGUUUCGCAGGGACCAGAAGCUUCCAAAGUUUGUUUGCUGAAUGCUCGUAUUUUUGCCGAUGACGAUUACACGACGACCAGUGGAUUUGUCUUGCAAGCUGCCGAAUGGUGUGCGAACAAGGGUGCCAAUAUCAUCAAUCUGAGUUUGGCAUCUCCGGCAGCGACCAAUUCGGACCGGUAUACCUACCAAGAACUCUACAAUAGGGGAAUCUUGUUGAUUGCGGCUGCUGGAAAUAGUGGUACGGACGAAUACAACUACCCCGCAUCUUUGGACUCUGUUAUUAGUGUUGGAUCCAUUGGCCAAGACCGCAAACAGUCUGGCUUUUCGCAGACCAACAACCGCAUCGAGUUGGUGGCACCUGGUCAUGAGAUCUAUUCCACUUCGGGAGACGACAUGGAUUUUUUCACUGGCACUAGUUUUGCCACACCGUAUGUGGCAGGAGUUGCCGCCAAGAUUUGGGCCGCUCAUCCCUACUGCAGCAACCGACAGAUUCGCGAAGCCCUCCAGAAAUCGGCGCAAGCCUUGGGAACCAACCCCGUUCCGACCAGUCGAUUCGGCUACGGCUUGGUUCGAGCUCGGGCAGCAAACGAGUACAUACAAGAGAAAAUGUAUUGGCCUUGUGGUGACGUUCCGGUGCCCUCACCAGGACCUACACUGCCUCCUACCAAACAGCCCACUCGACACCCUACCAGAGGACCGACACUAGGUCCCACAUUCUCACCACAAGAGGGCGUGAGCAAUCCAGUCGAUUUACUUUCAUCCAAAGUGACGGAAGGGGAUCCAGAUGCUCAUUGUCAGGUGGAGUUGACCUAUUGUGACGGAGACUUUACAACUCUGGGUGAUUUGAGUAUACAGGUAUCGGCGGCUGGAGUCAAUAUCACCACGGCGACGAGAGUCGUUCGAAUAUGCUGCUUGGGCCUAUCGUGUCAGAAUAUGGAAGGUCAUAAACGAGGGGUCUGUGUGGGUCCAAAUCACUUUAGUUCAGCUACCACUAUCAGCGGCGGAUCAUGGUGGAAGUCCUCCUUUUUGGUGGUUCCAUUAUGUGCUACUGCCCGGCUGAUACUCUUUGGAUUGGUCUAA